UUCGACGAGUUCCACAAGUUUGGAAGUUCAUAUAUUGCUGCUUCGUAUGUUAAGUUUUUAGAAUCUGCUGGUGCCCGCGUUGUGCCAAUAAGAUUAAAUCGUUCAGAUGAAGAGUAUGCUAAACUAUUCCAGUCUAUCAAUGGGGUGCUUUUCCCAGGAGGCGGUGUGGAUCUUAGGACUUCCAAAUAUGCCAAGGUUGCUAAAAUCUUUUACCAGAAGGCAUUAGAGGCUAAUGACAAAGGAGAUUAUUUUCCAGUAUGGGGAACAUGUCUUGGACAUGAAGAACUGACAUAUCUCACAAGUGGAGAAAUUUUACUUACUAAUACCAAAACAAAUGGAUUUGCAUUACCUCUGAACUUUACCUCAGCUGUAAAAAACAGUAGGUUAUUCAAGAAUUUCCCUGAUGAUAUAUUACAUGCACUUGCUACUGAACCAUUGACCUCAAACUUUCAUGUGUGGAGCCUCUCCAUGCAGAAUUUCACAAGGAAUGAGAAGCUACGUAACUUCUAUAAUGUUCUGACCACUAACACUGCUGACCAGCUAGAGUUUGUGUCUACCAUGGAAGCUUACAAAUACCCAAUUUAUGGUAUCCAGUGGCAUCCAGAGAAAAAUGCUUAUGAAUGGAAGAACUCAUCAGGCAUUCCACACUCCCCAUUGGCUAUAAGAGCAGCAUACUACAUGGCUGAGUUCUUCAUUAACGAAGCCCGGAAGAGCCUGCACAGCUUUCCCACUAAAGAAGAAGAAACAAAAGAGUUGAUUUAUAAUUACGCUCCGACUUACACAGGACCAUUUUCUUCAUUUCAACAGAUCUAUUUUUUUGAUUGACUGCCUGUUCAAAGGUGCUGCAUUGCUAUUUGUAAAAGGAAUUAUUUGUUGCAAUUUCAUAAUUAAGCUAAUAUAAUACACUGCAGCUUACAGGGAUUUAUCAUGUGUUUCUUUUGCGCUAU